AUGAAGAAUUCCAUCAGCAAGCAGAUUGGGAAGUCGCCAGUAUUGAAACCGCGACCCCUCAGUUCCUCCAUUAGCCCUCGGAAGGAUUCGCGCGGCGGUCUAGCAAGCCCUAGAAAGGGGAUUCUUUCGACUGGCAGUGGUCGAAGCUCGCGCGGGGAAACGAGGAACGGAGCUGGGAAGGAGAACAGCAACGGCGGGAAGAACGGCGAGCAGAACGCCAGCAGGUCAGCAGCAUCAGCAGCAUCAGCAGCAGCAGCAGCAGCAGCAUCAAAAGUUUCCGAUCGUUCUUUGACCCGGGGUUCUGCUUUCGCUGGUGGGAACGGGAAGACCCAGCAGACGAGUGGGAAUCGAGGGAACUGCGCGAGCGAAGGCCGGGAUAGCUUCCGGGAAAACGGACCGAAACAGACUGAGAACUGCGUGGUCGGAGGCGAGGGGAGGCGCGGAGCAAGAGAAGGAGAAGGGAUGAGCUCUGGUGGUAGAUUUACCGCGGAGCAGGCUGACGUUGCAGGGGUGGAUUCGCAGAGGCAGUUGACGCAGCCGGCAGGUGAAUCAGGGAUGGUUCUUAGCGGGAAACUGGAGGGUAUUGGAGCGGGGAGAUGUGUCGGCGAAGUGGAGGAGACCGUCGCUGAAGUCGCACGUGCCGUCGCAGGCGACGGCGUUGGCGACGUUACUGAAAUCCCGGCGACGCCGCCGCCGACGCAUCGACCGCCGAACCUGGCCCCGCUGAUCGUAUUCGAAGACUCGCCGUCGCUCGCCUUCAGCAUAUCCCCCUCUCCUUCCCUCUCCCCUUCACCCUCCUCCUCUCCCGUGCUUCCUCGCUGCCCCAUUGCACCACCUGUCCCUCCUGCCCCUCCUACCCCUCUCGACACGUCAGCCCCUCCUAACCUUAAUAAACUCGAUGAGUUCUCCCAACUUAAAGACGCCUCCCUGAACAUUCUGAUUUCGAUAAACGGUACCGCUUCCCCGACACCGCAGGCAGAUUGCGCUCUAGGCGGUCUGCAACCGCCGCAUCUGCCGCCGGAAAACCCGCGGUCAAUGGCAGCUUCUUCCCGUGCCGACGUUCCUGCCGAUGCAAACGCAGCAUCCUGCGAAUCUUCGCAAAUCCCUCCUACGGUAGCCCAACAGGUGCCUCCUCAGGUGCUUUCUCAGGUAACGAGCAACCCGGGAGGCGAUCCGCAUGGAAGCGCUGUUUCCGCCGCGGACUCCCCAGCCUCUGCGUCUGCGAAUCCAACGGCUAGUUCAGCGGCAAAGAAUCUAACGGCCAGUUCAGCGGCAAAUUCGCUGGCGAAUCCAGCCCGCCCCCGGCUCGUGCGAUCCUCCUCCUCCGACUCCUUCCAUCCACCCGCCUCGCUCGGCGACGCGCCUCAUAACGCGACCCGUCGGUUACCGCAUGCUUCUACCCCCGGCACCCCCACAGCCUCCGGCGCCGCCGCUGGUCGCCUGUCACCGCGCCUUGGCUUUAAGUUCUUCUCCAGAGGCCACGCCAACGCUGGUGGUGGUGGGGGGCUGCUGAAGUGGCUAUCGUGGGGAAAGGCGAAGCUAGGCGGAAAGGGGAACUUCAAGCGGCGCAAGGGGAGGGAGGAGCAGCAAGGCAGCAACGCGGAGACGAAGGAGGGGAGUGCGGAGGAGAUUCAGGGGCGGGGAGCUACUUUGGACACGUGGCUGCACGAGAACGAGGAGGAUGAGGAUGGAGGUGACGUGGAGGUUGCUGACGUGGAGUCGGCUGACGUGGAAGGGGUAGGUGAUGAUGAGGCGGAACAGAGGGAUGUGGAACAGGGGGGAAUGCUGGGUGAGGAGGAGGGGGAGGAGGGAGAGGAGGGCGAGAAGAGGGAGGAGGAAGAGGAGGAAGAGGAGGAAGAGGAAGAUGGAAGAGAUGGAGGAAGAGGAAGCGGAGGAGGAGAGGGGGGAGGAGGUGCAUGUAGCAGAGCACGAGACGACUCGUGUGUGUCGUUUGCGCAGUGGGUGCAUCUGCGCGGUUCCCCCUCCCGCGGCUCCCCCUCCCGCGCCUCCUCCGCCGCGCACAGCCCCGCGCCCGGGCUCCCCACGCGCGCGUCCGCCGCGGGCGCGCGCGCAGCAGCUGCUGCUGCAGCCUCGCGCGCAGCAGGCGCUGGCGCGUCUGCCAGGGGGGUAGGCGGAAACGGGGGGCGGAAUCGCGCAGGUGGGGCAACAGGAAGCGAUUCUAUUGGUUGGGAGAGCAGAGGAGGAGGGAGCGUGGGGGGGAGUGAGGAGGAGGGGAGCGUGUUUUUUGAGUCGACUCCAAAAUCAGCUCCCCUAACCCUGUCCCCGCCCCUGUCCCCGCCCCUGUCCCUGCCCUUUCCCCUGCUCCUGCCCCUGCUCCUGCUCCUGCUCCUUGCCCCUACCUCUGCCCCUGCCCCUACUCCUGCCCCUGCCUCUUCUCCCACACCUGUCUGUGCCACUGUCACUGCUCCCUCUUCUAGUGGUGCCUCCUCUAUAGCCGCUGGUGCGGUUUCAACCGACCCAAACUCUCCUGCUGCAGGGGAGAGGAUCUUGCAGUCGAUUGAAAGGGAAGGCGAGAGCAGGGCAACAAGUGAGGGGCAGCAGGGUCCCGGCAGUGCAGGGGAAGAUGGAAGGACUUCGGACUCGACUGAAAGGGAGAGGGGGAGCAGGGCGACGAGUGAGGUGCAGCAGGGGCCGGGCAGUGCAGGGAAGAAGCGAGUGCGGUUCAGAGCGGUGGAUGCAGAGGGGGAUCAAGCAGAGGAGGUUGGAAAUCACGCAAGGGAAGACGAUCAAGCCACGGAAGGUUCGCCCAGUGGUAACCAGACAGGAGCAUGUAACCAGGCGAAAGGUGGUAGCCAGGCGAGGGCAGGUUCGCCUGGGCGGGUGGGGGCUGGGCGGGGAGUGGCUGCACCCCUGGGUCUUGCACAGCGCAUAUGCUGGUAUGAUAACAGCUGUGGUGCUGUCGAAAGCAGAGGUGGGGAGGAGGAGGCAAGAGGAGGGAAGGCUGAUGGUGGUGGGAGUUUUGAUAGAAGCAACAGCGGCAGCAGCAGAGGUGGUAACCCUGUUACUGAGGCGAAUCAGGGCGGUUAUGGAGCUGGAAAAUUCGCCAAGGGAGAAACUGCUGCUAGUAGGGCCAGUGCUGGUCAGCAAUCGAAGGUCUGUCAGCUCCCAGGCUCCUACCGCAAGCCUCGCACCGCUUCCAACCUCUUUGAACCCUCCCCUACCCCUUCCCCUUCCGCCAAAUUCCCCCCUCCUGACAGCUCCUUCCCUGCGCCCAACACCGCCCCUGAGGCCUCUUCCCCCGCCCCUCCCCCCGUCCGCCCGCGCUCCCCCUCCCCCUCCGCCUCCUCUGCCCUUCUUGCAGCGCUUUCCCCCCGUAGGUCCCCCGGGAGGGUGUGGGGGGGAAUGGGCAGGAGGGGGUAUGAGGUGGGGGGGUUGGAGGUGUGUGAGAGUGAUGGGGACGAGGAGGAUGGGGGUGGGCAGGCGAGGACAGGUGCAGAGGAGUGGGAGAGGGAAGGGAGUGUGGUUGGGGAGGGGAGUGUUAUGGGGGAAGGGAGUGCGGUGGGGAAUGAGGAGAGAGUGGAUGUGGUGUGUGAAAGAGUGGGAGGGGAUGAGGGAGGAAAACGGAAGGAUGAGGUUGGGGAUGGAGGCAAUAUAGGAAGGCUGGGGCCAGCAGCAGCGCCUCCUGGUGCAUCCGCUACCCCACCCAUUGCUGCUGGAAAAACUGCCACGUCACCCCGGAAAUCCGCUGACGUGUCUCUGAAAUCUCCUGGCGGUACGAAAGCUGCCACGUCACUGCGGAGAUGUGCGUUUGGGCGGUCGACUCCUGCCCCUCCUGUGCGGUCCAAAUCUGGCGGUUCUCCUGGCAGGCGGGCUUUGUCCCCAGGUGCGGGUAAGCAGGCGGCGUUGUCCGUCUCUGUCUGCUCUGCCAACUCCGUUGGCUCGAUUGUGUCUCCUUGCACCUCCUCACCUGCAGCAGCUGCGAGUGCUAGUGCUGGUGCUGGUGCUAGUGCUGGUGCUGCUGACGCUGCAAGGAAGGCUGAGAGUGAGGGUGCAUUCACGUACAGUAUGGUUGAUGAUGGUCUGGUUACCAGCAGCAGCAUUCGAAGCAGCGCAACCACCGCCAGCACAUGCACGACCAGGAAGCCGACUGCCGUAGCUGUGGGGGAGGAUUGUGCUGAUAGUGCUGGAGUGACGGUGGAAGCAAUACUCGGACGUGACAUCCACAAAUUUAAUAAAUAUGGCGCUGACAGCCGUUUCUUUGGAGUUAAGCUCUUCAAUCAAUACAUUCCUUGGCUUGCUAAGAAUCUGCGAGUCUCUUCCAAGCAAAAGUCAAGACCUUCGAGUGAAGGAUUUUCGAGAGAAGAGCUGCCGUCGCGUCGCCACAGCAUGUCGGACAUUCCUGAAGCUUCGCAGAAAUCGUGUCGCAGCAUUAUGACGAUCGCUCCUCCAGGUUCUUGUAACGAGCUUGCGGUAGAGCUCGCGCUCGAGCGGAUCUCGUGGGUUCGCGAUCUCGUCAGAUGCUCAACAGUCAGCAAGGCUUGGGCUGACGCCGUUGCGCGAAGCGUGCUGCACGUGAGGGUUGACUGCACGAGCGGAGGCGUAUUCGGGCUUGCCUCCGUUUCCGACGGAAGUGACAGUGACGAAGGAUCCAAUAACGAGUACAAAAGCGAUGGGCUUACGUACAAGACGUUUCUUCAGGCCAUUCGAGUUUUCCGGCAGCUGACGUCACUCACGGUUACCAGCUUCCAUCAGGCGUUCGGCGACGCGUUUCUUGAAACCCUAGCAUCUUCCUGCCCUGUUCUCCAAGUCCUGGACCUCUCCUGCAUGUGCUAUGGCGAAGGCGACGACGAGCCCAGUUGUCAUUCCAAUCAUCGGUGCAAUUCUCACUGCAAUUAUCACUCCGACUUUCCAGACCAGGCUCAGGUUGCCGCUCUUGCUUCAGCUUCCCCCACUAAUCCCCAACCCACUGCAACCAUCUGGUGGCCUCGACUCAAAUCCGUGAAGCUCAGCAAUUGCUGUGACGUCAUGUUUUCCAAACUAGCAUCGCUCUUCCGUCAGGAGCUGACGUCAAUGAGCCUGUCAGCCAAUCCUGCAACCAGGUGUGACAUUUGGAGCCACGCUAGUGGUUCCACUACUCCCAGCGUUGCUUCAGCUAAGGGAUCCGAUGGAUUUGGCGCUAUUGGGGCUGCGAGCUGCAAUGUUGGUUCCCCGGAGCAGCCUUGCAGCAGCUUGGUGCUUCCAGCCAUAUUAAGCAUUUCAAGAUUCCGAAUCUCCCACGCAGAGACAGACACAGAACCACUUGUUUCCAUGCACCCUGCUCCCACAUUCUUCUUUCCUACAACCCUCACCUCUUUGUAUUCUCGGAUCCGUUCACUGCACCUGGACCAGUGCCCCGACGCUGUCCUGCCUCCGUCCCUCUUCCCCUCUCUCACACGCCUGACUGCCCUCUCCUUCUCCUACUGCCGUCAUCUGAAGGCCCUGCCACUGACCAUCAGUCUCCUCUCCUGCCUCACGUCCCUUCACAUGCAUGCAUGUCAUGCUGUGGAAUCCCUCCCCCUUGAAGCCCUCUGUCUGCCAGGACUCAGGUCCAUGCGGCUCACCAAUUGCAGGAGAUUGGAAAGUGUCGGGAGAAGUUUCAGGAGCGCUGGAAAUGGUGGGAGUUCUGGUGGGAGUGGUGAUGGUUGCAAUGGUCCUGUUGCGAUACAGGAGGUGGUUUUGCGGGAGUGCGCUGGGUUGCGUUAUGUUAACUGGGAGGCUUUAUUGGGGAAGACACUGCAGGGUUCAGCGAAUGUGGCUGUUGAGGUGAAUGUUGAAGGGUGCUGCGAGUUGAGAGGCUUGGAUAAUGUCACACGUAUGAUUGGGAGCUCUAGUGGUGGCAUUAUUUUUCCAGAUGGAGCCAAGUGGGGCUACUCCGCGUCGAGCCGCGGUGCUGACACCGAAGGAGCAGCAUCACCUGACAGCGCAUCGUCAGCGGGGAGAAAGGUCGGCGCGGGAGGCGCGGAUCCGAACAAAGAAGGGCGCGAGGCGUUGCAGAGCAACCCCGUGGCGGCGCGGCUUCGGAGUCGAGGCGUGAUCCGAUUCGAUGGUCGCGAUGCGAUCAACUUCCUGCAGGGCCUGCUGACGAAUGACGUCACCCCGUUCCUCCAGCAGCCUCCCCCAGCCGGUUUCUCUUCGACCUCUUCCUCUACCGACCGCCACACGCGGAUGCAGUGUCAAGUCGGCUGGAUCCCACUGGAGCCGCCUGAGCUGCUGGCGGAUGUAGAUGCAGCGAACCUGGACGACCUGCUGGCUCACCUGAAGAAACACAAGCUGCGUGCCAACGUGUCAUUCGCUGACGUGUCAUCUGACGUGGCAGUGUGGGCGCACUUCCACUCGCGCCUCUCCUCUGACCCGGCGCUACCAGACGAGGCAGCAGCAGGGGAGGGUGUGGGAUGGGGCGGCCGGGUGGAUCAGCUGGGAGAGCUGACAGCAGAGGCGACAAGAGAAGGGUGGCGGUGGCACCGCGAUCCGAGAUUGCCUGGCUUGGGGCUGCGAGGGCUCUUCCCUGCUACUGAAAUCCCCCCAUUGGUGGACGCACAGGUGGAAGAGGAGGAGGAGAGCUACAGGAGGUUCCGAUUUGCACUGGGCGUGGCGGAGGGGUGUGAAGAGAUGCCCAGAGGUGAGGCAUUACCACUGGAGUGCAACCUAGCAGCGCUCCAUGCCAUCAGCUUCACCAAGGGGUGCUACGUGGGGCAGGAGCUCACUGCUCGCACCCACCACAGGGGCGUGGUGAGAAAGCGACUCAUGCCAGUCCAAUUCGUGCCGCCCGGGGAAGGAGGUGGAGAAGGGGGUGAGGUGGAUGGUGGGGAGGAGGUGAGGGAGGGGAGUGAGGAGGUAUCAGUGCCUUCAGGGGCUGAGAUAGUGGACAUGGUUUCUGGGAAGGCUGUUGGACGAGUGAAUGCGGUCCUCCUUCUUUUAGGCCCCGCCGCGGUUCCUGCGUUCUUGCAGCAGUCGCCGGCGUUCCGUCAACAACACGUUCCUUCGUUCCCGCCGCAUUUACAGCACAACGUUUUUCAACCUCCGCAAAUGACGGUCGCGCAACAGGCGGUCCCUCGCGGGAGCGAUUCUCCGCGCAUCUCCGCAGAUCCCGCCGGUCGUUGCGGGCUGCAUCUAAUUCGCGGCGACGCGUUCGACCUCCGGCCGCAAGACUCGUCGGUCAUGCCGAUAGCUGGCGCUGACGUGUCUGGCGCUGACGUGGCCGCUGACAUCCCCUCCUCGAUCCAGCUGGACGAUUUGAUUUCCGAGUAUCUCGAAGAAGGCGAUGAGGAUCGCGACGCGUUCGAUGGCUUGAUGCUGAGAACAGGGGUUCAGGGAGUUGCGGCAUCAACUACUGUGCGCUCUGCGCAUCGUCCAGCACAGCCGAACCUGGCAGCGGAUUAUCUGGACAGGCAGAUGCAAUUGACGGAGCAAAAUCAACUUCGUUUGAUUCAGUCGCUUGCAGCCAUGGAUGGCCCCGUCGAGCGCGCCCUCUACGCUGACGUCAUCGCCGCGAUGACCGACGCGCGCGCGUGCCACUCCGCGAAUGCCGGCGCUGCGAUAUCGUCGCGCGACGACGACGUCCAGUCGCAGGAGCUGCGAGGGAGCAGCCUGAACGCGGCGGUCGCAGGGCGACUGCGUGCGAUGGGGUACGACGCGGCGGUGUGCACGACGCAGUGGGACACCUCUCCCGCCAUUCCCGAGGGAUCAUACGAGUACAUUGACGUUGUUGCCUUCGCGCCCGGCCCGCCCGCCUCCUCGCACGCAUUCGGCUCUGCCUCUUCCUGUUCCACCCUCGUCGAUCCCACCGUUCCACCGUUUCCUCCCACCGUUUCGGGGAUUGACAGCGCACCCUCCCCUCCCACCUUCACACGGACCAGCUCCCCCACCACUGUUAGCCGCGCCUCCCCUUUCCCGACUAGCGUCUCCUCCGCUUCCGCCAACGGCGCUCCCGUCGCCUCCGCUUCCUCCCUCCCCCCCGUUCCCGCCGUUCCCCAACGCUUCAUCAUAGACGUUGAUUUCCGCGCGCAGUUCCAGAUCGCACGGCCCACGCGCGAGUACGCGGCCGCGCUCGAAUCCACGCCGUUGAUCUUCGUGGGGCGGGCGGAGCGGCUGGCGCGGCUGGUGGAGGUGGUAUCUGGCGCGAUGCGCGGGGCUUUAAGGGCGCAGGGCAUGCACGUUCCGCCGUGGCGCAAGGGGGAGUAUCUUCAUGCUAAGUGGUUGGCUGCGGUCAGUAGGAGAGUGGCCUUCGAGGUGAAGGGGGUGGAGAAGAUGGGAGAGGAGGGGAAGAGCGUAGUGGGAGAAGAAGGAAUGGAGGGUAAGGAUAAGGAUAAGGAGAAGGCGGUACCCGCUUCGUUCCUGCAAGACGGUUCUCCGCCCUCCAGCGGUGCGUCCGAGCAGGGGGGGUUUGAGUUGACUCAAAGCGCACCCGCAUAUGAUGACCUGCGUCAUGCCAGCAGCAGCGCCACCAACAAAUCGCGACUGGAGUGGAUGCUCUUCUUUUCCAAGGCCGCCUUGUUGCUACAAGACGGUUCCCUGCCCUUCAGCAAUGCGCUGGAUCAGGGUGGGCGGUGA